GGAUAUUUCAGAAAGAAAGCUGCAAGGUUUCUAAUCUCAUACAAUGGCCUUAAAUGGUGACAUUUUUUCUGUAGCCACCACUACUGGGCACUUACUAAAUACUGAUUUAUUGUUAUCUUCUGUCUCCUGGUGUCCACGUUUUGGGGUUCAGCUGCCGCUAUCAUUGAUUUCAUGUCUUUAUUUUCCUUCAUUCUUUCAUGGACAGUGACUUUCCCAGGAUCAGGGAGGACAACCCUCGGUCCGGACAGCGCCGGUGCAAAUAACAUCAUGUACCGCGUUGUCCUGCCGCUAGGCAUAUGUCUAUUGAUUGCCGGUGCAAUUAUCAUCUUUUGCUGUUACAAGUACAAGGCCUGGCGCCGGCGUGAACUAAAACAGGCAACUGAUUUAGCGAUGGUUCGAGUGGAGAAGCCAGUUGUUCAAAAACCUGUUUUGAAAAUUAAGAAAAACAUCAGACCAACCAUGGAUAACAUCAAGAAAGAAAUGCCAAUUAUUAAAAGACUUAAAGCUGCCAAAAAAGAGGAGGAGAAAAUCAUAAAGAGAACAUCUAAAACAGAGGAGGAAAAGAUCAUGAAGGUCACAUUCAAAACAGAGGAGGAUAAAAUCAUAAAGGUAACAUCUAAAACAGAGGAGGAAAUCACAAAUAUAACAUCCAAAACAGAGAAGGAGAAGAUCACUAUGAGAACAUCACGCCUCAACCGGUUCCGUAAAUGGAUAAAAAAAAAGGACCCGAAAAAAGAACAUCUGCUGCAGCUGCCGGUCCAUGGACUAAAUGGAGGUACCCUAGUACCAUCAUGCCCAUUAGUCCUUAAGCCCUGGAACACCAUCUACAGUGGCCAUAUCUGUCUGUCUCUCAUUUUGUCUGUCUAUCUGUAUGUCUGUCUUCCCCCUGUCUGUCUGUCUACCUAUCGUAGAAUACAUAGGUAGAUUGGAGACGCCUGGAGGGGGUGUACAUCUCAUCUACAUUUUUUUAAUGUAGGUGAGAUGAAAAAUCCAGGAAAGUUGGGUUUCCUCAGUAAAUUUUCUUUGCUGAGGAUUUUAUUACCUUUGUUUUCCGGGCCUGGAUUUUUUUGGAAUGGCAGGUAGGUUGGCAGUGGGACCUGCCAUUCCCUCCCCCUCCAGUACAUCCCGCCCUUCCCCCCAAUUACCCCAGGCAAUGCUGCUGGACUCCUUACUGGUGCAUAAAACUGUUGACAAGCCCAGUCAAGGUCUGAGUCUAG